AUGGGUAUGGGAUUAUUGAAACUACUCGACGACUGGCUCGGGAGGAAGCACGGCUCCCUGUCGUUUAGGGUGACGCAGGUGCUGUCGGGGCACGGCUGCUUCGGCAAGUACCUGUGCCGCAUAGAGAGGGAGCCGGACGCCCGGUGCCACCACUGCAUCCAUUGCGGGGAGGACACGGUGCAACACACGCUCGCCGAGUGUGUAGCUUGGGAGGAGCAGCGCCGUGUCCUCAGAAAUGAAGUAGGAAGCGAUCUGUCGUUGCCGGCCGUAGUGCGGAAGAUGGUGGACAGCGCAGAGUCGUGGGACGCGGUGGUGUCUUUCUGCGAGGAUGUGAUGUCGCAGAAGGAAACUGCGGAACGGGAGAGGGAGAUCUUACUGACUUCCUUUCCCAACCGCAGAAGGCGCACCGGGCGUAGGAGAAGGGCCGACAACGCCCUCUUCCGGCCCCCAUGA